AUGUCAGAUACGGCGGCGAUCCUCGACACACACACCGACGUCGACCCGUCCAUCUCUCACCCACCCCAGUCAUACACAUACUAUCACGCCGGGCCACUGUUCACACUCGCGGAACUGCACACAAACACGCUCCUCUCUCAGGCCAUCCACACAAAGUCGCAAGGGAAGUUCAUCCCGGUCCUGCCCCAGGACCUCGAGCAGCGCGAUCUGAGCCCGCACUCGAUCCGCGAUGAGGACCUCCGCGCUCUGCUGUCCUGCGACCUGGCCAUGUUCACCUACGACGGCGCCGAGCUGGACGCGGGCACGGUCGUCGAGUACAUGGUCGCGAAGAUGGCGGACAUCCCCGCCGUGAUCUUGCGGUCCGAUUUUCGCGGGGCCGGCGACCAGGGCGGCACGGGCGACGCGUGGAACCUGAUGAGUUCUUGCUGGCCUCGGACCGUCGGUGUGUCCGUCGACGCCAUGGUCGAGUACAAGUCCGCCCUGGCGAGGAGUAUGCACCAAGCCGGCGCCGCUGCCAAGGGAACGGACCCCGCGAGUAGCAUGAUCGACGAAGUGGCUCAGAGGGUGGUCGACGGGUUUGAGAAGGUCUUGAACGAGCCUCCUCGACUGCCCAAGGAGCUCAGAGAGAGCGUGUAUCAGUGGUUGGCGAUCAUGCCCGGGUUCAAGAAUGGCGGAGAUGAGCAGAAUGCCAAACUUCUCGCCAAGCUGUGUCAGGAUAAACAGGCAAAAGGUCUGUUAUGA